CUCAACGUUCUCCCAGCCCAUGAUGCCAUCCAACUGGCUCCGUGUUGCACGCAGACUGCCCUACACAUCAGUCAGCUUCAGCGGUACGCGUUCGGCGGGGUCGGCAGCGCGAACCGUUGGCUAUAUAACCCCCUGCACUGGCAGCAGUCCGACAGUGCAGUAACGCAGCUCUAUCGAACAACAAGCUACAGGAUGUCUGUCUCACCGUCUUCGCUCACCUUUCCCCGGUCGUCCGCUACGGUCUCUGUGAAGAUCUUCAACUCUUUCACCGCAAUCACGGUGCCUUCUGCGCCCUUCAUCUCCCCUGCCCCCGGCUCUACCGCAGACGAGCUGUCCAAGCCGCUUACCUGCCCGGGCAAGUCUUUCCUCAUCGAGCAUCCCAGUGGCAAGAGAGUCGUGUUUGACCUCGGGGUCCGCAAGGAUGUCUCCACUGCCGCCAAGUCAUGGCAGGACAGGAUCGCGAGCAAACAGGUAGUCAUUGCUGACGGCCCUGACGUCGCGGAAACCCUUGUCGCGAAUGGGAUCGACCUGAAGAGCAUCCAAGCCGUUAUCUGGAGUCACCCUCACAUCGAUCACGUCGGCAAUCCGUCAACCUUCCCUCCUACGACUGCCCUCGUUGUGGGCGCCGGCACCCAGGCUGCCUUCCGCCCUGGCUAUCCCCUCAACCCGGAGGCCAUGCUCCCAGAAUCCGACUUCCUCGGGCGCGAAGUCGUCGAGAUCGCCUUCGCCGACGACGCGCCGAUCGUCGCCGGCCUGAAGAGCCACGACUACUUCGGCGACGGGAGCUUCUACCUCAUCGAGGCGCCAGGCGUGCGUCUCCCCUUCAUCCGUUUGACACGGAUCGGCUACUAAACACACUGCGGAGGCUCCCGCAGCAUUGCAUAGGCCACAUGCUCGGCCUCGCGCGCACGACGCCCUCACCCGACGCGUCCUGGAUCGUCAUGGCGGGCGACAGCGCGCACCACGCGGCCAUGCUCCGGCCCACG